AUGGACACGGGCACGCUGCAAGUCUUUCCGAACCUGAAGUUUGUAAACAAAGACAAGCCCCACGCAGCCCGCAGGAUAGUGAGUCGCACUUGGAAGUGUGACCCUGUGCUGGACACGUUGGUCAAAAAGGUAGUGAUGAACAAAGGCAGCAUCGUCCAGCUGAUCCACCACAGCGACGUUGUGCGGGUGAAGUAUGCGCAGGAGGUGCGCGCCAUGCAGUACAACCCGAUGUGGAAGCAGAACUCGUCCAAGUUCAGCGCCGCCAAACACCGCUUCGACACCUGGGCGACCCCCUUUGCCAAGUUGUGCCUGACAAUGGAAGCUGUUCUAUCAACAGCGCAGUCCCUACAUGAUGAAAGAAAACAAGAAAGGGUAGGCGCUGCAGCAAAGGAGUUUCUGAUGCUUGCCACGGAGGAGAACUUGGUGCUUUUGGGCAUGCUAGCUGACGCUGGAGAAGAAAAUCUUCAGCUGGUGCGUUUUCUGGACAGCGAGACGCUAGACAACAGCCAACUGUGUGCGGAGUUGGGCCGGUUCACGACGCGGAUCACCAUGCUUUUUGAUCAAGGGGGCUGCCUGAGGACCGGCUUCACGCAGCACGUGCUGCAGCUGCUGUCAACGCAGCGGGUGCUGUAUGUGGAUCGCCAGCCCCGGCGGCUCGGCGGUGCGCCGCAGCAUCAGAUGGCUCAGACAGUUGCGUCCUGCUUGCAGCGCUUCAAGGCAUGGACCGCUUUGGCCAAAGACGUUGUGUCGGCGGAGUUCCCGUGCUUCGAGGCCUUGCAGACUUUCAGCAUCUUCCAUCUACGGCCUUUGGCUGAACAACAGCGCUUCAUGACUGCGGGGGAGGAGCGCGCCGACAUAGCCACAAAGGCGCACAAGCUCGCUGUGCUGCUGGGCGUGGACGCGGAGGCUCUGGAGUCGCAGUUUGUUGACCACCUCCCCAUUGCCCAGCAUUUCCACGACGCAAGCGGCUUAGCAAGUCUGCCGGCAUGGAGGGAGGCUUUGUCCGCCUCCCAGACCGAACGCCAACUAGCUGCGCACCCCCAGGCAGUGGUGCGCUCAGUGCUUGUGCGGGCCUACGCGUGGGGCGCGUCAACUUCAGGAGUGGAGCGGUGCUUUGCCAACGUUCGCCUCAUGCUCGGAAACAAGACAAGCUUGACCGAUGCCCAUUGGCGAGAUGUGCUUUUCUUGCUGAGCACUCAAGAUCAUUCUGAGGCGGACGACCAUGCCCUCGGCCGCGCGGCAAUUGUCCUCUAUGCAUCAAUUUUUGGAGCGCCUCGGCAGGGGAGCGCGCAAAUGUCGGUGUUCAGGAAGGUCGGGCAACAGAAGCGCCUUCGAAGCGAGCCGACCGGAACACUACAAGCUUUUCGCAAAAUGCGGAAAGCAGAGGUGCAGAGCCUGUCGGCGCAGGCUGAGGUGACAGUGACAGAAGAGGAUAUCACAGAGAACGCUUUUUGGUCAGAAAAGCACGUCAAGGAAAGAGCCUUGCAGGAAAGCCGCUUUCGAUCGAAAGCCUUGGGGGCAUACCAGCAGGGCACACUUCAGGAUGAGGAAGUUCGCCAGUACAUUGGAGAAAAUGCGCCAGCUGCGUUGCAGCAGCGUAUGAAAUCUCAGGCUGCCAAGAUCACAGCUUACGUGAAGAAAAAGAAAAAACAAGUCCGCGGCUCGAGCGAGACGCUUGCCGCCCAGCUGCGCUACAAGGCAGUGCAUCUAGGAGGUGAGCCCUUGGCUCGCGGAACUGCGGUCGACGAACACAUGCAGUUUCUGGGGGCGUCCUAUGAGCCAAACCCUGCCAAGGCGGAUGUGUUUGUGGUUGCGGACGUGGCCCACCCUUCUCAAGAAGUUCUUUGGCACGCCAUGCUGGGCGGCUGCAUGCUGGUGUCGGCCGGCCAGUUUUGCUACCCUGACACGCCUGGGGCAACCUGUCAGUAUGAAGUCGCGCUGCGACUGCGGAAGCAUGUUUGGGUCAGUCCCGGGUUUCAGUGCGAGAGCCCUGAGUUGCACCGCAUUCUGCUCACCCGGCGAGAGCGCCACAAAGGUGGAUGGAAGAUGCUAAGCUCCAUGGGCGAGGUCGGCGAGCAAGCGCAGAAGAACUUGGACAAGAAGCGUGGCGCUCAUGAGCUAGUGUGCUUCGUGACCAAUGAGGAGGCCAGCGAGGUGACAAGUCAACUCGGGCCUGCAAAAGUUGGCCGCUGCCUAAAGCUUUUGACCGCCGACACGGCCCCCAGCACCAUGGCAAAGCUGGAGCUGCGGCAGUGCAGCUCUGGCAUGUGCGGCAAGUGA